GUAUAUUUCAGUCUCUCUCUCUCUCAGAUUCCAUCGUCGAGCCGCAAGCGAAGCAAACUUUUCGAUCUCCCUCGUUUCCUCUAUCGUCGUAAGUUUGUGUCCUGCCCUGUUUCAGAUGAUCCCGAGUUACAUACGCCUUUGAUAAAAGGACAAUUCUGGAUUUGUGUCUAUGAGUUCCCCAAGUGAGUCAAUAUGCAAUUUGCCAGAUGAGAUUCUUGGCAAAAUCUUGUCUUUCCUUCCGACAAAGGUUGCUGCUUCCACAUCGAUACUGUCCAAGAGAUGGAGGAAUCUGCUGGGUCUUGUAGACACCCUUUGCUUUGAUGAUUCGCUUGUUGUCUAUCCCAAUGAAGAAGAAGCAACAAGCGGUUCGAAUCGCUUCUGUGAUUUCGUAGACAAGACAUUAGCUUUGUUAAACAAUGCCCACAUCAAAAAAUUCUCUCUUUGUCAUGUACCUAGCGAGUACGAUGGCCAUCACGAAGCAUACCACCGUUGGAUCUCGACUGCAAUGGAACGUGGUUUAUUGGAACUACACUUGCACGCGUACCCACUCUGUAAUUUUGUUGAGAUAGAGAGAGACUUGUUCACGAGCAACACAUUGGUUAAGCUGACACUAUCCGUUAAUUCUCUUGAAGUCGAGCGUGUGUUUCUCCCUGCUCUCAAAUCACUUUCUCUGUUCUCAGUUUCAAUGCUUAAUUACGACAACUAUUGUCGGCUUCUUGAUGGCUGUCCUGUGUUGGAAGAGUUAUACAUACGUGAUACUGGUGAUUGGGAUUGGCCAUGUUGUGGUGCGUUUGUGAAAAGUGCAUCCAUCAAGCGACUUGUGGUUUUUGUCAAUCAUCCUGAUGCUAAAAACCAACAUCAAGUAACUUCUUUUAUAGCACCAAGUCUUGUCUACCUUGACUAUUCUAGUUAUGUCUUCAAAACUUAUCAGUCUGUUGAUUUGGAUUCGCUUGUUGAAGCUAGGCUCAAUCUUAGAUUAUGGGAGUCAAUUAACAAUUAUGAUUCUUCUGAUGAAGAUGUUUAUGAUUAUUGUGUUGAUGUUAUGUUUGGUGAUGUUACCAAUCUAGUUGCGGGUAUAACCAAUAUUUCAACCCUUCACUUGUCUCCUGAUUCCCUUGAGGCUAUUUAUUUCCUCUGUAAAUCCAUACCGGUGUUCAAGAACCUCGUUAAUUUAUCUAUUGAGAGUAACAAGGAUAAAGGUUGGCAAGCAAUGCCACUUCUCCUCAAGAAUUGUCCAAUUCUACACACUUUAGUCAUCAAGGGUCUUGCACAUAGAGUAUCGAUUAGAUGCGGAGAUGCAUGUGCUUGCAGCUCUAAGAAGCAUGUUACGAAAGGGAAGAUUGUAACGAAGAACAAGGAAGAGGAAACAUGUUGUUUAUGUAUAUGUCAAGUGAAGGUGCUAGAGGUUUCAGGGUAUGGAGGUUCUUUCCAAGAGCUGAAACAGAUGAGACAUUUCUUGGGUAAGUUGGAAUGUCUCGAAACUGUGAAAAUUGGUGUUGAAUCAGACAUCUAUGACGAUGAUUUCUUGCGAGCUACUCUGCUGACUCUCCCCAGGCUUUCAACAAAGUGCAACAUCCAGUUCAUCUGAUUUUUUUUUUUCCUUUGAUCUUUCUCGGUUAGAUGGCAAUGUGAAAGUAACUUAACAUGAAAAUACAAUAUCAGUAAAGUUGGUUACAAUCUGUU